AUGUCCGCGCAGAGCCUCCUGCACAGCGUCUUCUCCUGCUCCUCGCCGGCCCCGGGCAACGCCGCGUCGGCCAAGGGCUGCUCCAAGAGAAAGCUGCGCCAGACCCGCAGCUUGGACCCGGCCCUGAUCGGCGGCGGCAGCAGCGGCGGCGACGCCGGGUCCGAGGGCGGCUCGAGGGGACCCCCGGGCGGCCGCCUCUGCUCCCCGCUGCCCGCGGCCGAGGGACCGGGCUCACGCCCCACUCUCAGCCCCCGGGGCCCAGCCCCCCGGUCGGCGCGACCCCCGGCCCCCAGACCCCUCUGCUCGUCCUUGUCCACACCCAGCACCCCGCAGGAGAAGUCGCCGUCGGGCAGCUUCUUCUUUGACUAUGACGUGCCCUUGGGUCGCGGUGGCCCCAAGAGGAGCCUGGCGUGGGACCUGCCUUCGGUCCUGGCCGGGCCGGGCGGCGGCCGCAGCGCCAUCGUCGGCUCCGCCAGCGGGGCCUCCAACGGCAUCUUCGCUUCACCCCGGAGGUGGCUCCAGCAGAGGAAGUUCCAGAGCGCGCCCUGCAACCGCAGCCACUCCUAUGUCGUGUGGAAAUCCGAGGGUGAUUUUACCUGGAACAGCAUGUCGGGCCGCUCUGUGCAGCUGAAGUCCGUCCCCAUCCAGAGCCUCUCUGAGCUGGAGCGAGCUCGUCUUCAGGAAGUGGCGUUUACUCAGUUGCAGCAGGGCUGUGACCUGAGCUGCCAAAUCACCAUUCCUAAAGAUGGACAAAAGAGAAAGAAGUCUCUGAGAAAGAAACUGGAUGCACUGGCAAAGGAGAAAAACAAAGACAGAGAAUUCAUCCCACAAGCCUUCGGAAUGCCCUUAUCCCAGGUCAUUGCGAAUGACCGGGCCUACAAACUCAGACAAGACAUGCAGAAAGAUGAGCAGAAGGAGGCAUCCGAAUAUGGGGCUACUCUCACUCCAUUUGGAAAUCGAAAGCAAAACCGAGAUCUCUCAAGCAGUAACUCAUCUCUCAGCUCCACUUCCGAAACACCAAAUGAGUUAAUAUCCCCAAACACCCCCGAACCGGCUCGGGUCAAGAGACGGGGUGCAAUGUCAGUGGAUUCUAUCACAGAUCUUGAUGACAAUCAUUCUCGACUGCUAGAAGCUUUGCAACUCUCUCUGCCUGCUGACGCUCAUAGUAAAAAAGAAAAAGCCAGAGAUAAGAAACUCAGUCUGAAUCCUAUCUACAGACAGGUCCCCAGGCUGGUGGACAGCUGCUGUCUCCAUCUUGAAAAAUAUGGUCUCCAGACAGUGGGAAUAUUUCGAGUUGGAAGCUCAAAGAAGAGAGUGAGACAGCUACGUGAAGAAUUUGACCGUGGGGAUGAUGUGACUCUGGACGAAGAGCAUAGUGUCCAUGACGUGGCUGCAUUGCUAAAGGAGUUCCUGCGGGACAUGCCAGACCCUCUUCUCACCAGGGAGCUGUACACUGCAUUCAUCAAUAUUGUCUUGCUUGAGCAGGAGGAGCAGCUGGGCACGCUGCAGCUGCUCAUCUACCUUCUUCCUGCCUGCAACUGCGACACUCUUCACCGCCUUCUGCAGUUCCUGGCCAUUGUGGCCAACAAUGCUGAAGACCACGUGGACAAAGAUGGCCGAGAGGUCACUGGGAACAAAAUGACAUCUCUCAACUUGGCCACAAUAUUUGGACCCAACCUGCUGCACAAGCAGAAGUUAACUGACAAAGAAUUCUCCGUUCAGAGUUCGGCUCGGGCUGAGGAGAGCACAGCCAUCAUCGCUGUCGUGCAGAAAAUGAUUGAAAACUAUGAGAUGCUGUUCAUGGUUUCUCCAGAACUCCAGAACGAAGUGCUGAUCAGCCUGUUAGAGACUGAUCCUGACGUUGUGGACUACUUACUCCGCAGAAAGGCCUCCCAAUCAAUAAGCCCUGACAUGCUGCCUUUGGAAGUGUCGUCGGAAGUUUCCUUUUCCGUGGGAGGAAGGCAUUCAUCCACUGAUUCCAACAAGGCCUCCAGCGGAGACCUCUCCCCUUAUGACAACAACUCCCCUGUGCUUUCCGAACGCUCCCUGCUGGCGCUGCAGGAUGACAAGACCCCGGGGGGCUCGGAGAAACUUCACAAGGGGCCGGAGCAGUAUUCCCUGGUGGGCCAUUUGCCAUUGUCCAAAUCAAGAGAGACCUCACCUGGACCGAGGCACCGAAGAGAUUUGUCUGAGGAACCUUUCAAUAUCUGGGGCACUUGGCAUUCAACAUUAAAAAACGUACCCAAGGACCCAGUAGUUACAGGUUCCCAUGGAGACAUCUUGGAAAGCUGCUCCUCCCGCCCGGGGCCCGGCUCCCUUUGCCAGGGGAACCUGCCUCCCCAUCGGCCCCGGUGGCAGGGGAGCCACAGAGAACUGGAGAGCGACGCGCAGGCCCGGAGGACUCACACAUCGGCCCCUGGUGCCGAGUGCCGGCUGCAUGCGCCCGUGUCCCGUGUGUGCAGUAGUGCGCAGGGUCAGGGCUGCCGGCGGCGAGCCCCGGAUCCUGCCCUGCCUCGGCCCGAGCUGUGCCAGGACCUCGCCCAGAGCGAGCUGGAUGAUGCCUGGCAGCGCGGCCGUGGCCCGGGCCAGCCCCUGUACCAGAGAGCCCGAGAGAGUCUGAGGCCCGCUACGCGGCCUCCUCCUCCUUACCCUGGUACAGGCAGGCCAGUGUCAGCCUCGGCCCACCAGCCCCAAAUGCCGCCACCGUUGUGGAGGCCCCUAAGAUCGGCAGAAGGUACCCCAACUGCGUUGGGGGCAGAGGGGAGCCAGCCCACCCAACGAGAGCCUCAAGCAGCCCAGCCCAGACGGAGCAGCGCCUACUCCACUCCCACCAGCGACCCCGACAGUAAGACCUUGGGGGAGCCCAACUGGCUUGAUUGGCAGAGAGAGCGGUGGCAAAUCUGGGAGCUCUUGGCCACCGACAACCCCGAUGCCCUGCCAGAAACGCUGGUAUGAGCCUGCACCCCAAGCUUGAGCCCUCACGUCCCCAACUGCCUUCCUCCACUCGGUAAAGGAAACAAUUGGUGUUGAACAACGAAUUGUACACUUGCUCAUUUUUCUUCUUUCCACCUUUAAAAACGAUCACAUGCGAGCAAUUCAGUACACUUAAAGAUAUAGCGCACCCAUACCCCCGCCAUUUACCCAUAGUGUUCGGCUUCAUAACCAGCCCUAGGAUUAAAAAAGCAAAAGUAAAUGCAGAUGGCAGUGACCAACCCAGCAGCUAUUCGUGUUGGCUCUGUGCAGGAUAAAGCCCUGGCGUUGAUAGUGUUUCAUUGUAUUUCCGUGUCUUCUCAGUUUUGACUAUUGUGCAUCGCGUAACAGAUUUGUGUAUGAUACUCGUAUAUGAUAUUAGUCACAGAAAACCCAAGAACAAUUUUUGUUUUCCAGUCACUUCACUUCUACUAAUUCAUGAGAGUUGUAGAAUGUUCUCGAGAGCCUAGAACUUGCACAAGCCAGUUUCUGUACUUUGCCAAAGCUUUUUACCUACGACAGCCCUUCAAUGCUGAGUGAAUGCAUUAACCGAACAGAAUUGAAUGGACUGUGAGAAGCCAUAUUUUUAUAUAGCAGUGAGGCACAGACAUAUUGUCACUGAAUGUUUUUUCAUAUGGAAUAUGUUUUAAGGAAAAUUUUAGAUUUGAUACAUGAUGGAAUAUAUUUUUGGAAUCUCUUUAGAAAGGAUUCAGUUAAUCAACCAAGGGAAAGGCCUAACAAAGAAAACACAAAUAAGAAAUUGUCCUUCCCGUUUUUGGUCCAAGUUAGUUUCUAUACACCAUAUCUAAUAUAUAUUUGUAAAGGAUAGUUUUUAUGUAUUUUGCAAAACUACAAACUGGAAUCCAAUUAUAAAGUGUUUAAGAAUCUGAAUAGAGUAUUCCAAUUCCUAUAAGAUGAUCCCCUCUCCUUUUCCCUAUAAUCAUUAGUAAUCAAAUGUAUGAUGUGAUUCAUGAAGUAGAUCAUAUUUGCGGGAGGGAAAUCAUUCGUGAAGUAAAUCAUACUUGCGGGAGGGAAAUCAUUCGUGAAGUAAAUCAUAUUUGCAGGAGGGAUAUUAUUCAUGAAUUAAAUCAUCUUUGCAAGAGGGAAAUCAUUAGUGAAGUAAAUCACAUUUGGGGGAGGGAAAUCAUUAGUGACAUAAAUCACAUUUGGGGGAGGGAAGUCUUGUAUUUGUAAUGUGACAAAAGGGUGAUCACGUGUUUUCUUUGAUAAUCGUACAUGUAUGGUGAAGUGCUCCUACUUUCCUUAAGUCUCUAUGUUUGAAGCUUUUCAGCUGCAAAACUAUGUGAGCGGUAGGUGGCAAUUCGCUUCAGUAGUUGAUGAUUUUUGUUCUUCCCACUUCACAUGGGAAUGUGUAUUAUAGAGUUGAUUUUUUGUGUGAAACAUGAUACUCUUAAUGUUCAUGUUGGUGAUGACAUUUUCAGUGGUGUUUCUUAAAGUUCUCUCUUGUGCCAUGAUGAAUAAAAAGUUAAGUCAA